CGCCUGAGUCCUGACCAACCAUAUCAGCAUCAUUGUACCAGCUACCGCUCUCUCUCUCUCUCUCUCUCUCUCUCUCUCCGCGCACAGGACAGAGGGCACUAGAACCAUGGCCGCUCCGAAGAAGACGAUGAGAGCCCUGCAGUACGACAAGUAUGGCGGAGGAGCAGAAGGCCUCAAGCAUGUGGAGGUGCCGGUCCCGUCGCCGAAGAAGGGGGAGGUGCUGCUCAAGCUGGAGGCGGCCAGCAUCAACCCUAUCGACUGGAAAAUUCAGAAGGGCAUGGUCCGGCCCUUCCUUCCCAGGAAGUUCCCCUUCAUACCACUUGGAGACAUGUCUGGCGAAGUCGUCGAGCUGGGCAGCGGUGUGACCAACCUCAAACCAGGCGACAAGGUCAUCUCCAUCAGCUUCCCGAAUGGCGGCGGGCUCGCGGAGUACGCAGUGGCGCCGGCGUCGCUCACGGUGGCACGGCCGCCUGAGAUGUCCGCGGCCGAAGGCGCCUCUCUGCCGACGGCCGCGUCCACCGCGCUCCAACAGCUGAAGGCCGCGGGGGUCAGCAGCUUCGACGGGUCCGGCGGCAGCAACGGCCCCAAGAACGUGCUGGUCACCGCGGCCUCCGGCGGCGUCGGCCACUACGCCGUGCAGCUAGCCAAGCUGGCGGGGCUCCACGUCACGGCCACCUGCGGCGCGCGCAACCUGGGCCUCGUCCGGGGCCUGGGCGCCGACGAGGUGGUGGACUACAAGACCCCCGAGGGCGCCAGUCUGCAGAGCCCCUCCGGCCGGAAGUACGACGCGGUGAUGCACUGCGCGACGGGCACCCCGUGGUCGGUGUUCGCGCCGGUGCUGGCCGGCGAGGCCACGGUCGUCGACGUGACGCCCGGGAUCGCCGCCGCCGCCAAGUCGUUCCUGCAGAAGGUGACGUUCGCCAAGCAGAGGCUGGUGCCGCUGAUCCUGAUGCCCAGGAAGGAGGAGAUGGAGUGGCUGGCGGACAUGACGCGGCAGGGGAAGCUCAAGACGGUGGUCGACUCCAGGUACCCGUUGAGCCGGGCGCAGGAGGCGUGGGCCAAGAGCAUCGGAGGGCACGCCACCGGCAAGAUCGUCGUGGAAAUGGGAGGGGAGGACGAGGAGUGAGCCGGCCGGCCGGCGUGCAUGCGUGCACGGCGAUGUUUAUGAGAACACUGUGUCGUGCGGUUGUAUGCGGUCUGCCUGAUUGGAUGUCUAGCGUGGGAAUAAGAAAGAACAUGUUGUGCUGGGCACUCUGGAAUCAGAUUCAGGAUCAGGUGAUCAACCA